UUGCCUCUUGCUUACAUCCCUCGGCUCCUAAACCCCCAACGCCGACGAGACGUGCCAAAGCCGACGCCCCCCCCGGCACGCACCGGAAAGCGACGCGCCUCCACCGCCCCCGCUUGCCGCCUCCCUUCCAUACCGGUUACCACCUCCUCCUCGGGACGCGGAGCGCCCAACCGCGGGCAUCUGGCGGUGGCGGCGUCCGCGCCACCUUGAACUUGAAUCAAGCAAGCGCCAGUGCGACUGGGCGGGCAUUUGGAAAGGCGGAAGCGAUGGUGGCGGCGGCGCUGGACGCAAUGGCGGGGACGCGUUGGGGGCGGUGGCUGGGGCUGGUGACGGCGGUGUGGGUGCAGUGCAUCUCCGGCAACAACUACACCUUCUCCAACUACUCGCACGCGCUCAAGACGCUCAUGGGCCUGACGCAGCUGCAGCUCAACGGCCUCUCCGUCGCCAAGGACGUGGGCAAGGCGUUCGGCCUCCUCGCGGGGCUCGCCUCCGACCGCGUCCCGACCUGGCUCCUCCUCGCCAUCGGCUCCCUCGAGGGCCUCCUCGGCUACGGCGCGCAGUGGAUGGUCGUGUCCCGGACCGUCGCGCCGCUCCCCUACUGGCAGAUGUGCGUCUUCCUCUGCCUCGGCGGGAACAGCACCACGUGGAUGAACACCGCCGUGCUCGUCACCUGCAUCCGCAACUUCCGCCGGAGCAGGGGCCCCGUCUCCGGCCUGCUCAAGGGCUACGUCGGCCUCAGCACCGCCAUCUUCACCGACACCUGCUCCGCGCUCUUCGCCGACGACCCCGCCUCGUUCCUCGUCAUGCUCGCCGUCGUGCCGGCCGCGGUCUGCGCGCUCGCCAUGGUGUUCCUCCGCGAGGGCCCGGCCGCAGGCGCCGCCGCGGGCGCGGACGAGGAGGACGACGGGCGCUGCUUCGCCGCGAUCAACUCGCUCGCCGUGGCCAUCGCGCUGUACCUCCUCGCCGCGGACCUCACGGGGCUCGGCGGCGACGGCGGAGUUGUCUCGGCCGUCUUCGUCGCCGUACUCCUGGUGCUUCUCGCGUCCCCCGCCACCGUGCCGGCGCUCCUGGCGUGGAAAUCCUGGGUGAAGACCCGCAAGGCCGCGAACGCCGACCUCGAGGAGGCGGACUCCUUGGCGGCGGCGGCGGCCGCGCCGCUCCUUCUCGCAGCGAAGGCGGCGGGGAGGACUGAGGAGGAGCAGGAGGCGCGGAUCCCCGGCGAGCGGCCGCGGCUCGGGGAGGAGCACACGAUCGCGCAGGCGCUGACGUCGCUGGACUUCUGGCUGAUGUUCGCGUCGUUCCUGAUGGGCGUCGGCACGGGGCUGGCCGUGAUGAACAACCUGGGGCAGAUGGGCGUGGCCAUGGGCUACGUCGACGUCUCCCUCUUCGUCUCCAUGACCAGCAUCUGGGGAUUCUUCGGUCGCAUCGCCUCCGGCACCAUCUCCGAGCACUUCAUCAAGACACGAGCUAUUCCCCGCCCGCUGUGGAACGCGGCCUCGCAGGUCCUGAUGGCCGUCGGCUACAUCGUGAUGGCGCUGGCGAUGCCAGGCUCCCUCUUCAUCGGCUCGGUGGUCGUCGGCAUCUGCUACGGCGUCCGGCUGGCGGUCACCGUGCCUACGGCGUCAGAGCUCUUCGGCCUCAAGUACUACGGUCUCAUCUACAACAUCCUCAUCCUCAACCUGCCGCUCGGCUCCUUCCUCUUCUCGGGCCUGCUGGCGGGCCUCCUCUACGACGCGGAAGCCACCGCGGUGCCCGGCGGCGGCAACACCUGCGUCGGCGCACACUGCUACCGCCUCGUGUUCCUGAUCAUGGCGCUCGCCUGCGUCGUCGGGUUCGGCCUCGACGUCCUGCUCUGCGUCCGGACGAAGCGGGUGUACGCCAAGAUCCACGAGAGCAAGCGGUUGAGUAGGUCCGCCGUGGCGCAGAGGGUUGGUUAGCUAGUUGCUACGCACGCAGCUCUGUGGAAGCUCAAGAAAAUAGCUCGCAUCAACAACGUUGGAACUCUGAAGAAGCACCUCCGCAAUUUUGUGUGCGAAUAUCUUUGAAAAGAAUUUUUGUGUGUGAAUUAAGGGGCCAUUCAUGUCUCUUAUUCUUUGGAAAAAGAUGGAUGCAUAUCAAUUUGAUUUGUUUCCACUGAGUAUUGAUUGAGAGGGUUGCAGGCUUAAUUGGUAGAACCCCUUGAGUUCAGUGUGGUGUUUAUUCUGUAGUGUACAUAGCGUUUCCGUAAGAUUGUACGGUGUAAGUGUAAUGGCCUAUACGUGUACCAGCUGUUACCAAUUUCUCUUACGUCACCAUAGUCUGAUU